AUGACAGGUGCAGUUGAGAAACAAAAGUUGGUAUAUAUUUUGAACAGAGAUGCCCAAGCCCGCUUAACAAUUUCAUCACCAUUAGAAGCUCACAAGUCCAACACACUGGUAUAUCAUAUGGUUGGAGUGGAUGUAGGAUUUGAAAACCCAACUUUUGCUUGCCUAGAAAUAGACUAUGAAGAAGCAGACAAUGAUCCAACGGGAGAAUCGGCUUUACAGACUCACCAGAUGCUCACUUAUUAUGAACUGGAUUUGGGACUUAAUCAUGUUGUUAGAAAAUAUUCUGAACAAUUGGAAGAACAUGCAAACUCACUUAUUGCAGUUCCUGGAGGAAGUGAUGGCCCAAGUGGGUGUCUGAUUUGCUCAGAAAACUAUAUCACAUACAAAAAUUUUGGAGAUCAGCCUGAUAUAAGAUGUCCAAUUCCAAGAAGAAGGAAUGAUCUUGAUGACCCUGAAAGGGGAAUGAUUUUUGUAUGUCAUGCUUCCCACAAAACUAAGUCAAUGUUCUUUUUCCUUGCCCAAACAGAACAGGGAGACAUUUUCAAGAUCACUUUAGAAACUGAUGAAGAUAUGGUGACUGAAAUCCGAUUGAAAUAUUUUGAUACGGUACCUGUGGCUAAUAGUAUGUGUGUUUUGAAGACUGGAUUCCUUUUUGUUGCGUCUGAAUUUGGUAAUCAUUUCCUCUACCAGAUAGCUCAUCUUGGUGAUGAUGAUGAUGAACCUGAAUUUAGUAGUGCAAUGCCUUUGGAAGAAGGUGACACAUUUUUCUUCUCUCCUCGUCCUUUGAAGAACCUUGUAAUGGUGGAUGAAAUGGAUAGUUUAUCUCCUAUUAUGUCCUGUCAGAUUGCUGAUCUUGCAAAUGAAGACACCCCUCAGCUGUAUACACUUUGUGGGAGAGGACCACGUUCUUCACUUAGAGUUCUUCGGCAUGGUUUAGAAGUUUCUGAGAUGGCUGUUUCAGAGCUUCCUGGUAAUCCAAAUGCUGUAUGGACUGUUAAGAAAAAUAUUGAAGAUGAAUAUGAUGCAUAUAUCAUCGUGUCUUUCGUGAAUGCUACCUUGGUCUUGUCCAUUGGAGAAACUGUUGAAGAAGUAACAGAUUCCGGUUUCCUUGGUACAACUCCUACAUUAUCUUGUUCCCAGUUGGGUGAUGAUGCUCUGGUUCAGAUUUAUCCUGAUGGUAUCCGUCACAUUCGUGCCGAUAAGCGUGUGAAUGAAUGGAAAACUCCUGGCAAAAAAACAAUUGUGAAAUGUGCAGUUAAUCAGAGACAAGUGGUUAUAGCUUUGACGGGAGGGGAAUUGGUAUACUUUGAAAUGGACCCUACUGGUCAGUUGAAUGAAUACACAGAGAAAAAAGAAAUGUCUGCUGAUGUUGUGUGCAUGGGUCUUGGAAGAGUACCAUCUGGGGAACAGCGAUCUCGAUUCCUGGCUGUUGGUUUGGCAGAUAAUACAGUUCGUAUUAUCUCCUUGGAUCCUUCAGAUUGCCUUUCACCAUUGAGUAUGCAAGCUUUACCUGCUCCUCCAGAAGCCUUGUGUAUUGUUGAAAUGGGUGGAACAGAAUCAUUUGAGGAGACAGGAGAAGGUGGUUCCCAAAGUGGACUUUUCUUGAACAUUGGUUUGCAGAACGGUGUAUUACUACGUACAGUAUUAGAUACAGUCACUGGAGAUUUGUCCGAUACACGCACGAGAUAUUUGGGUUCUCGCCCUGUGAAACUGUUUAGAAUUACCAUGCAAGGAUCUGAAGCUGUUUUAGCCAUGUCCAGUAGAUCAUGGCUGAGUUACACAUAUCAAAAUAGAUUCCAUCUCACACCACUUUCUUAUGAGACUCUGGAAUAUGCUUCUGGUUUUGCUUCUGAACAGUGUCCUGAAGGUAUUGUUGCAAUCUCAACAAAUACUCUUCGAAUUUUAGCUCUUGAAAAACUUGGUGCUGUUUUUAAUCAAGUGUCAUGGCCACUUCAGUACACCCCAAGAAAAUUUGUUAUCCACCAUGAAUCAAAUAACCUUAUUGUUAUUGAAACUGACCACAAUGCAUAUACAGAAGUAACUAAGCAGCAACGUAAACAACAAAUGGCUGAGGAAAUGAUUGAAGCUGCUCAAGAAGAGGAACAACAAUUAGCUGCUAAGAUGGCAGCUGCCUUUUUGUCUGAAGAUCUUCCUGAAGCCACAUUUGGUGCUGCCAAAGCUGGAACUGGAAUGUGGGCUUCUGUCAUUCGAAUUAUUAAUCCUGUCAGUGGGGUAACUUUAGAUAAAGUUGCAUUAGAUCAAAAUGAAGCUGCUCACAGUAUUGCUUUGGUAAAAUUUUCCUGUGCUGUUGAUGACAUCCAUGUUCUUGUGGGUACAGCAAAGGACUUGGUACUCAACCCCCGUUCACUCAGUGGUGGAUUCAUCUAUUGUUAUAAACUUAUUAAUAAUGGAGAAGAUUUAGAAUUUGUACAUAAAACAGUCGUUGAUGAAUUACCAGGUGCUAUUGCUGCUUUCCAGGGACGAGCUCUGAUUGGUGUUGGACGUUAUUUACGGAUUUAUGAUUUAGGAAAAAAGAAACUUCUCAGGAAAUGUGAAAAUAAGCGUAUACCGAAUUUCAUCAUGAGUAUUUUAACUCUUGGUCAUCGGAUUGUUGUAUCAGACAUCCAAGAAAGCAUCAACUUUGUCCGUUAUAAACGUCAAGAAAACCAGUUGAUCGUGUUUGCAGAUGACACUACCCCCCGUUGGGUUACAAGUUCCUGCCUCCUUGACUAUGACACAGUAGCAACAGCUGACAAAUUUGGAAAUGUUACUGUGAUUCGUUUACCUCCUGACGUUUGUGAUGAAGUAGAUGAAGAUCCAACUGGUAAUAAAGCUCUCUGGGAUCGAGGCCUUUUGAAUGGUGCUUCCCAAAAGGCUGAUGUCAUUUCUAAUUUUCAUAUUGGAGAGGUGGUUACUUCUUUACAAAAAGCAACAUUAAUUCCGGGAGGUUCUGAAUCUUUAGUAUAUACUACAUUGUCAGGCAGUAUUGGAAUGCUGGUCCCAUUUACAUCUCAUGAAGAUCAUGAUUUCUUCCAACAUUUAGAAAUGUACAUGCGCUCAGAACAUCCUCCACUUUGUGGCAGAGAUCAUCUUUCAUUUAGAUCAUAUUACUUUCCAGUCAAGAAUGUUAUUGAUGGUGAUUUGUGUGAAAUGUUCAAUUCAAUGGAUGUUUUGAAACAAAAAGGCGUCUGUGAUGAUUUAGAUCGUACUACCAGUGAGGUAUCCAAAAAGCUGGAAGACACCAGAACUCGAUAUGCAUUUUAA